AGGAAUUAAAACAUUGGUGUUUAUAUUACAUUCUACUUCGUUAAACAUUUUAUUUGUAUCUGACAGAAAAGCACUGAACAUUAUGUGGUACGAAUAAGUAUGCUUUAGGGGGACUCGGGCAAUUGUGUGAAUCAAAAUAAGCAAUACACUUCCGAACAACAGGACAGUAUGGCCACCACUGUUGCUGUGAGUCCCAGCGAAUACCUUCAGCCUUCAACCACUUCCACACAACAGGACGCCCAGCCCUCUCCUCUCGCCCUCUUGGCUGCCACCUGCAGUAAAAUCGGCCCUCCUGCUGCUCAGGCUCCUGUCACCUCUCCUCCAGCUCAGCCGCAGCCUCGCAGGCUCCUCCCCAUAAAGCCGGCGCCAAUCGCCCCUGCUCCACCCAAAAACCUGGGUUUCCUGUCAGCCAAGGGCAAUGUGAUUCAGCUCCCUGCUGGCCUGGGCUCCACGACCCCUGGCAGUCCCAUUGUGCUCACUAUCCAGCAGAGCCCGGCCCGCACCAACACCCCAGCCCCCGCCAACAUCCAGUACCAGGUGGUGCCGCAGAUCCAGGGUGCUCAGACUAUCCAGGUGAUGCCACAGGCAGGUCAGAUCCAGCUCAUUCCAGGCACCAACCACGCCAUCAUCACCACUCCCAUGACUGUACCAGCCCCCGCGGCCGCCACCACUCCGGUCACACCACAGAAGACUGUAGCCAUCAAACCCUCCCCAAAGUUGCGUAAGCCAAACAAUUCUGCUGCCAACUUGGUGCAGCUAGCGAGUGGGCUCACGCUGCCGCUCAACGUGGCGACCGGAGAGGUGGGCGGGACUCAGAUCAUCACAGAGACUGCAGCUGCCCCUCCCACUCCGGGAAAGGGACGACGAGGGAGGAAGAAAAAAGUCGUUCUGGCUCCUCAGCCUCCUCCUCCGCCCCCUCCCCCUCCUCCACAGGCUGCAUCUCCACCCCCAGAGCAGAUGGAGACCAUCCUGAUAGAAGCUGGCGACAACAUCAUUCAGGCAGGUAACAACCUGCUGAUCGUGCAGAGCCCCGGGCAGCCAGCUGUGGUGCAGCAGGUUCAACUGGUCCAGCCCAAACCGGAGUCUCAGGUGGUUCAGAUUCCCCAGCAGGCUUUGAAGGUGGUGCAGGCGGCCUCUGCCACGCUACCGCCCGUCCCGCAGAGACAGUCGGUCCCCACGAGCCUGCAGGUCCCACAGACGGAUCCAACACCAACACAGAUCCUCUUCAAAACACCGUCGGGUGAUUGGCAGUCUGUUCAGCUCCAGGACCCGAUAUCCAUGGCAACGACCCCCACCACUUCAGCCAUCACCACCUCCGCCACCACCUCUCCACCGGCCAGCACCAAGAGGACGCUGGCGGGGGGGCGGAAAGAACGGACCCUGGCAAAAAUCGCUCCGGCGGGGGGGAUAAUAGCGCUGAAUACGUCGCAGCUCUCCUCGCCGACUCAGACGGUGCAGACGAUCAGCAUCAACGGCGUCCAAGUCCAGGGAGUUCCUGUGACCAUCACCAACGCAGGGGGCCAGCAGCACCUCACGGUCCAGACGAUGCAGGGCGGAGGCCUCCAGCUGGCAACAACGCAAGGCCAGUCGGCCAUCCAGGUGGACCAGACGCUCACCCUGGAGCUGCCCAGCCAGCCUGGAGAAAAGAAGCGGCGCAUGGCCUGCACAUGCCCCAACUGUAAAGACGCAGAGAAGAGGCCCGGCGAGGUGGGGAAGAGGAAGCACAUCUGUCACGUUCCCGGCUGCGAGAAGACGUUCAGGAAAACGUCGCUGCUCAGAGCUCACGUGCGGCUGCACACCGGCGAAAGGCCGUUCGUCUGCAACUGGGUUUUCUGUGGGAAACGCUUCACGCGCAGUGACGAGCUGCAGCGACACGCCAGGACACACACGGGAGACAAACGCUUCGAGUGCAGCCAGUGUCAGAAACGCUUCAUGAGGAGCGACCACCUGACGAAGCAUUACAAGACUCACAUAAACACCAAGAACCUGUGAGCUGCCUGCAUAAUCAGUACAUACGCAGACAGACUCUCUUAAACCGAAGACUGCAUCAGAGGACGGAGGGGCAGAGGAGACGAUACCAAGGGAGUGUCUGUGACGUACCCCACUGUGGGAAAUACUCCAAAACAAGUCCCCGCCUCCCCUCCCACUCGUCUAGGACAUUGUAGCUUGGUGUACAAUGAAAAGCUUCCCGGUGGACUUCAAGCCGAUCCACCGAAUUCAUUAUUAGUAGUUUGUCUUUGUCGUCUUCUCUCUGGUCUGAGAGGAGGCCUGAACCAGCUCCGACUGAGCGCGUGUCAUGACGACAUGUCGAGGCUUCAGACGAAGAACUCUGCUUGCUUAUUUAUGAACUGCUCUGGGGAAGAACGUAUGCAGAAUUAUGCAGACGCCAACACGGAGAGCACAGGACUCCAGCCACCGAUUCCCUCUUUUUUCUUCUGUUUCUCUUCGCCCAAAUCAUGCUUGGUUUAUUUUUUAUUUUUAUUUUGAAUUUCUUCUUUGUGGAACACUGCGAGCUCCCACAAAUUGGCUGUCAGAUAAAGAAAAGAAUUCAGCCCGGUGUUUUGUAAAUUUAACAGAACUUUCUUUUGCCUAAAUGGGAUGAUAAUUUGGUUUUAUGUCAUUUGUACCUCAGCAGGAGUCUGCUGAUUUCAAUCCUGUGUACCCAAAAACAGUUGGGGACCAAUACAUAAAAACUCCCCUGAUAAGAGUUUUGAAAACCUUCAGUUUACAUUGGAUAUCUUUAAAGUGUGUAUAUGCAUACUAUGAUACAUAAUAUUAAUAAUGUUAAUAAACUAUUUAUAACAUUUUCCAUACAAUUGUUACAAACUGAUUCACAAAGUAAGUCUGAGGACAAAAGAGUAAAUGAGACUCAGACUAAAAAAUCAGGAGACCUAAAAUUUAUUUGUCAGUGGAACAUUUUAUCACAUGCACGGGUCAGCUUUGAGGGGAGUGAUGAGGCAGAGCGAGCCGAGAUCCUGCUUCUCUGAUGGCCACGUGGUAAAAGCAGUCGCUCAGAACAAAACAGCAGCACUUCAGGCUGAGCUCAGGCAGUUCAGGGCCAGAAGUCACUGUGCCUUAAAACUUGUCAUUAAAAUUUUAAAAUCAAACGGGCAAAAAAGUGAAGAGCUUCUCAAAUUUGAGUGUUAUGGCGAAGCUCCUGAACAGUGCUGGAAAACAUACAAACAGUCCCCUGAAUGCAACACGAUGAAAAACGUCAAGGCCAGCGAAUGUCAGAAACAAUAUUUUUGUCAGAAUUAUAGUUUGCUUAAAGUGAGAAAAGCCAGACUGAACAUCUGUGAUAAUUUAAACAAAUUUGGAUUGGAUUCCACAGUCAAAACUAAGAUUUUUCAGACAUUGUCUUGUGUUUGGUUGAUAGACUUUUGUUUUUGGGGACAACAUUAUCAAAACAGUUUUAAUUAAGGUAAUGUAGACGUUCUGAAAGGUCACCAGUGACGCUUGAGUUUCCCAUUUUUAGGGAUGCACCAAAUGCUCAUUCUUACUGUCAAAAUAAGGCUUAACGUCACAACGUACAAACAUGUUGUAGACGUUUUUACGGCAGCCAUGUUAUAGGUUAAACACAGGUGUUUCACUGGAAACACUCCGCUACCCUAAAUAGAAACAAACCUUAAUUAAAUGUAUUAAUUAAAUCUGUGUUCACCUGCUGUUUGAUGUCAAGAUGGCCGCUACGACAACACCAGAGGACCCAGGAUUGAUCCUUGUGGAACACCACAUGUCAGAGCAUUUAAAUUUGACCCCCCCUCCCUCCAAAGUGAUCAGUUACCUCAGUAGUUGUGCGUCGAUUAAGGAGAAGCAGGAUGCCGCAUCAGCUGUAAGGAGGAAGUUGUUUGUAACACCUCUGAUUGGAUUAAAAACAGGAUGGAAAACUCACAAAGGGGAGAUUAGAGUUUCACAGAUGUUUGUGGCAGACUGCAGAUUGUUCAGGAUGACGUCCAUUCAUAAGAAGAGAUUCCACAUAUGAAUCUAUGAAUGCUACCCAAAAGUACUGCAAAAACGUUAUUUCUGAAACUUUGAGGAAUAAAGUCAAAAAGGUCUCUAGUCUUCAGUGAAAUAUUGACAAUAAGAGGAGUCGAAUCAUGGUGAUAAACCUGCUCACACCCAACUUGUCCCUCCGAGAACCAAACCAGGUUGGUUUUCCCUCUUGGACACCACGGCAGGUACGCUUGCAUGUAGGGCUGGGUGUCCAGCUUAAGCAGUUACUGGAUCCUCACUGGUACUGAAUUGUGUUACUGAGUAUUGAAGCUGAAUGUUAACAAACUCUUUACUUUUUUCUUUUAUCUCAUAGUUCCUGGUUUGUAAAUUUUAUAGUUAUAUUUAACUUAACACCAAUUUAAAACUUUUGUUAACUGAAAAAGUUUGGGUUUUUUUUUACCUGAGAAGUUUUCAUUUCAUUAUGUUGUAUAUUUUUCAGAAAACAUGAUGAUAUUUCUUAAAGUAAAGUAUUAAAAAACAGUACUUGUACUGAACGAUACCCAGCCCUACUUACACUUUGUGUACUAAUAAAUAAUAACUAAAUUCCA